AUGGCGACUAACCACAGCGAUGUUGAGCUCAUCCCUGGCACGGAGAUCAUCAACGAGGACAGUUCAGCGCAGAAGACGCUGAUACCAACACCCUCUUCUGAUCCCCGCGACCCUUUGAACUGGACCCGAAAAUGGAAGCUCAUGGUGAUGGCCUCACAAUGGCUCUUUACUUGGAUCUCCGUCACCGGUGCUCUAUCUAUCGCACCCAUGUUCCCUCUUCUAGGCGCACAAUUCCAUCUCAACAACAACCAGUUAGCCAUGCUGACUGGCAUCACUGUCAUCACACUCGGCUUCGCCAACUUCAUCAUUGUGCCGCUCUCCAAUAUAUUCGGUAGACGCGCUGUCAGCUUGGUUUUCUCGGUACUCAUUCUCUUGUCUUGCGUAUGGCAGGCAAUGGCGACCAGUCACAGCAGUCUGCUGGCGGCGCGUGCUGUAAACGGUCUGGUCUGUGCAACGAGCGAGAGCAUCCCUGUGCAAAUGAUCGCCGACGUCUUCUACCAGCACGAGAGAGGUCUUUGGACGGGUGUGUACUUCACUGGCUACUUCAUGGGAGCUUUCCUUGGUCCGAUCAUGGCGGGAUCCAUGGCAGCUCACUAUGGCUGGCAAUCGUUCUUCUGGCUAGAGACGGCAUUGUCUGGUGUUUCCAUCAUCCUCAUCGCUCUCACCUUCCCUGAAACCAAGUACCAUCGCGGAAACGCAGGGGUCAUUCAAGCUGGCAGCAACAACGUUAGCAAUGACGAUCAGAGUAAGCUCGAGAAGCAAGCAACGCAGGCUGGGGUCCAAGACUCCGAAGGAAGCUCACUCGAACAAUCCACCACUGUGCAAGGACGGCCUUCCCGCGCACAAUUCAUGCCAUUCAUGAAGCCGGAUGCUCGGUGGAAGAUGUUCGUUGUGCGCGACACCUGGACGCCCAUCAAAGUUUUCUUCAACCCAAUCAUCCUAUGGGCAGGACUGAUGCUUGCUGGCCCAGCUGAUAUCCUCCUCUUUUUCAACCUUACAGAGUCCCCUGUGCUCGCUGCGCCGCCCUACCUCUUCAAGCCAGACCAAGUAGGCUACACAAAUUUCGCAUUCGCAAUCGGCGCCCUGUUCGGUCUGGCGACAGCAGGUCCAUACUCCGACUGGGUAUCCGCCCGUGCAGCGCGUAAGAACGGCGGCGUGCGCGAAGCGGAGAUGCGACUACCAGCGUUGUUCAUUUACAUGAUCAUCACCAUGCUCUCGAUAAUCCUCGGUGGUGUUGCAUACCAGCAACAGUGGGCCUGGGGUCAUAUUGUCGUCUGGGGCUAUGGGUUCGCUGGCCUCAGUGUCACCACAGUGCCCACCAUUGCCAUUGCCUACGCGAUCGACUGCUACAAGCCCAUCUCCGGCGAGAUUAUGGUUGUCGCAACAGUCUGCAAAAACUUCAUCGGUUUCUCGUACAGUUACUGGGUUUUCGAUCUUGCGCACGAGAGCAAAGAUGGGUGGAUCACCCCCGCUAUGGUCAUCUUCGCUUGUGCGAUGGGGCCUGCGCUGUUUGUAUUUCCCUUGUACUUUGGGUUGGGCAAGAAAAUCAGGCGAUGGACAAAGGAUAGCGAUGUUCACCGUAUGGAGGAGGUAAUCUAG